AUGGAGAAACUACCACAAGAAAUACUCGACAAUGUUUUCGUCCAUAUCACCCAUACAGAACCGGCGCCCAUUAGCGAGCGAUUUGACGGACUUUGCAAGCCCUCCGUCCGCACAGUACUCAAUAGUCGGCUCGUCGCGCGUCGCUGGUUCGAGUCGGAUGUUUUGAUACGCGAUUUUGUCGAUAUAGUCUCCCGGACACCUCUCGUGUGGUACAGCCAUCGACUCCCAGUACUUGAGGAGAUCACUGAAAUUCCAAAAUACACUCGUCGGUUUAAUCAGACAAUCACAAUCUGUGGCAUGGACAUGGGCCUCGUUACCCUCGGAGAGUACGACCGCUCGGGUCCUGGGCGUGACGAGCUCGACAAGCAGAAUCCAGUGACGCAGUACCUAGUACAUCUGUUGCGCAAGAUUAGUUCGAUGGAGCACUUUCGAUACUACCCCAUACACCCAAAUUGCCUCGAUGGAACCUGGCCUAAGUGGAAAGUAUCGGAACAGGACCGCGUCUCAUUUGAGACUUGCUUCCAAGGAGGACUAGAACGCGCCAGGUACGGAUAUCCAGCACUGAAAGAAGGCGAAUACUCUUGGUGGGGCGUUCAAUUGGAGAGCGGAUGGAUCUUCCCCAAGAUAAUGGAGGCUUUUCAGGAGUCCCAACUCUGGUUGAAAAGUGUCGAGAGUCCAUUAUUCGGCAACAAGGCAUCGUAUUGCGCGAUCUCAGGAAGGGGUGAUCCUCUUCACAGCAACUUUUUUCGGGACAGCGAUCCAUUCCAGUGGUUCCCGAAAACGCUGACGCGCGUCGCUAUCGAUAUCACCCGUCCCAUGGCUGCGCCAUUGCUGAAUUUAGGUGGCCUUGAAGAGCUGGUAAAUCUAGAAUACUUGGAGAUAACACUCUCGAAGACUCCUGAGACAUCGAUCGGUGACGGCGGACCGUUUGGUGCACCCUUUGAGUUAAGCUCAUGGUCCUCAGACCUAUGGUAUGAACUCGAAAACCUGAAAGAGUUUCGAUUGAUGUCAGACUACCAGCACUCGUUCAGUGAAUUCGAUAUCCUAAACCUCCUCAACUUCUUUCCGAACCUGGAGCGCCUUGCAUUGGGACAUAUUCUUCUCGCGAGCAGUCAUGGGAACUGGUGUGAUCUGCUACAGAUGCUAGCGGACUUCAAUCUGAAAGAGCUAUGGUUGCUAGAUCCUUGUCACAUCGUCUAUGUCGGUCCCCAACACCACCACCAGCCUCAUGUGGACAACGAUCCUGAUCUCGCGAUCGAAGGAACCCACAAUACAGACUACCACGUGGUCAAGUACGUGUCAGACGAGCACGUGUUGGACGCAGCACAGGAUGUGUGCGUGAUCGACAUAGGAACGGAGUGGCCUGCUGACGGUUGUGCAUAUCCCCGGUUGAGUAGAGAUUUCCGGUAUUACGGUUUUAUCUUCUUCGAACAACUUCGAGAUGCGUAUCCAUCGUGGUGGAAUGCUGCACGUUCCAAGAAGAUAGUGAUCGAGGCGUCGGGAGAACUCUCAUUCACACAAGAGCAAGAGGCGUCGGAUCCCUAA